UUUCAAUCUUCGCUUGCUUGACUGACCUCCCCGCUGGGCUAAGAUGGCGGCUGCUGUCAGGGCUAUCGGGAGCUUGACGCGCUUCACGGCGGCUGCCAAGUAUUGCUCGACCCGGAGCAGCCUCUUAGAUUAUGCUUGCCGAAACCUCAGCACUUCCCCUGCUGUUAAAUCUCGAACCCAUGUUAAUUAUGACAUCAAAGAAGAUGUUGCUGUUGUUCGUUUUAAUUCCCCUAAUUCCAAGGUAAACACGUUGUCCAAGGAAAUGCAAGCUGAGUUUGUAGAUAUAAUGAAAGAAAUAUGGAGCAAUGAUGCUGUCAAAAGUGCAGUCCUUAUCUCAGGAAAGCCUGGUUGUUUUAUUGCAGGGGCAGACAUCAACAUGAUUGAGAUUUGUGGGUCCAGCCAAGAAAUAACUGAACUAUCUCAGGAAGGCCAGAAGAUGCUGCAGAGCCUUGAAAAGUCACCCAAACCCGUUGUUGCGGCUAUCAGUGGUUCCUGCCUUGGCGGAGGGCUAGAGGUUGCCAUCGCUUGCCAAUACAGAAUAGCCACUAAGGAUAAAAAGACAGUCCUGGGCGCUCCUGAGAUGUUGCUGGGGUUGCUUCCAGGGGCAGGAGGCACGCAGAGAUUGCCAAAGAUGGUAGGAAUUCCUUCCGCCUUUGACAUGAUGUUGACUGGAAGAAAUAUCCGUGCUGACAAAGCAAAAAAAAUGGGACUAGUCGACCAGCUGGUGGAUCCACUAGGUCCAGGUAUCAAGAGCCCUGAGGAACGGACCAUGGAAUAUCUGGAAGAGGUGGCCAUUACAUUUGCACAAGGACUAGCCAACAAAACAAUUACUCGAAAGGUUGACAAAGGGCUGAUUCAGAAAGUGACGGAUUAUGCCUUGACAAUUCCCUUUAUAAGGCAACAAGUAUACAAAACAGUAGAAAAAAAAGUGCAGAAGCAAACCAAAGGACUUUAUCCUGCACCCUUGAGCAUCAUUGAGGUAGUGAAGACUGGCCUAGAACAAGGCAAUGAAGCUGGCUACCUUCUGGAAUCCCAGAAAUUUGGGGAACUUGGGAUGACUCCUGAAUGCAAGGCCUUAAUGGGGCUCUACCAUGGUCAGGUGCAGUGCAAGAAGAACAAGUUUGGGGAGCCCAAACAACCAGUCAAGAAUCUUGCUAUUCUGGGAGCAGGUUUGAUGGGUGCAGGAAUUGCUCAGGUUUCUGUGGAAAAGGGUGUUAAUACCAUAAUGAAGGACACCACUCUGGAUGGCUUGAGCAGGGGACAGCAGCAGGUCUACAAAGGCUUGAAUGAUAAAGUGAAAAAGAAGAGUUUGACAUCAUUUGAGAGGGAUAUGAUCCUUAGUGGCCUUACGGCGCAGCUGGAUUAUAAGGACUUUAAGAAAACUGACAUGAUCAUUGAAGCUGUCUUUGAAGACCUCAACAUCAAACACAAAGUGCUGAAAGAGGUGGAAGCACUUAUCCCUCCUCAUUGUAUCUUUGCCAGCAACACAUCUGCUCUCCCCAUCAGUCAGAUAGCUGUAGCCAGCAAAAGGCCAGAUAAGGUGA